AUGGUACUCCGGCGCAGUCUUCGCAUCCAUCGCACGAAGAUCUUGGCAACCUUCCUCUUGCUGCCGCUUUUCUACUUCUUGCUUCAUCGCCUAGCUCCGGCAUUGCAGCAUCCAUCCCGCAUUAUCGACCACGCCACCUUCGAACAUGCCUCCACCACCGGUACCAAUCGCUCCGUCGCCUUAGUCAUUGCAACAAGGGCCGCAGACGACAUUUCCUGGGCCUACAGACUGCAAAUUCCACAGCUCCAAGUGAUCCGCUAUAUCAGCGACUCUGCAUCAGCGAAAUACCGCCCAGCUGUUCCCAAGGGCCAUGAGGCGUUGAUGUAUCUAACCUACAUCCACGACUUUUACGAUGACCUUCCCGAAAUCGUGAUCUUCAUUCACGCAGACGAGAACCCUUGGCACAUGGACGGCGCCCUUCUUGAAUCUGUUUCAUUUGCUCUGAACCACUUGGACCUCGAAGAAGUUCUUCUCAGGCAAUAUUUCAAUUUACGUGUCAUGUGGAAACAUGGGUGCCCAGCACAAAUUUAUACAGCAGAGACGAGAUUCGACGAAAAGAAACAGGAACAGCAUCUGAUGGAUUCUGCCUUUCGAUCCAUCUUCGGACCUGAUGUGGAAGUCCCAGAAAUUCUAGCCGGUCCGUGUUGCUCUCAGUUUGCUGUCACGCGAGAAGCGGUCAGGCGGCGGGGGCGACAUGAGUACAAGCACUAUGUGGACUGGCUGAUUGAGACGGAUUGGAGCGAUUACAUUGCGGGCAGGGUAUGGGAGCACAUUUGGCCUGUUGUCUUCCUGAACACAUCAGUAGACUGCACGGUCGAGUCACAAUCGCUGUGCAGGAUGUACGGGAUAUGUUUCGAGAGACAGCGAGAGCUUGAGAGAUAUCAGCAAGUCUGGGAUGCGCGGCGAUUUGUUGACAAUAAUAUCACCUUCUGGAAUGAGCUUUGGAAGCCGAGGGACGUUGCAUCGUUGAGGCAUCGCCAACAAGAGUAUACGAAGUGGCUGCACGAAAGGCUCGGCGCAGCGCUGAAGAGAGGCGAAGACGGGACUCUGAGAAAGGUCGCAGUUGGUAAUCUCUAUACGUAG